UUUUUCUUUUCCCCGAAAAGACAAGAAGCAGUGAGUUGCAGCUUCAGUAUCUGGGAAGACAUUAGGGGCCCUUUGCUGAGAAUUGUUCUCAUCUCUUCAUUUUUUCCCUAUCCUUCUUUGAAAAGCAGCUACCCGAUUGUCCUAUCUGCCGGGUUUCACUUCCUACGAACCAAACAUGGCACCACCAAAAAAGCGCAGCGCUCCCAAAGACGACGAUUUUGUAUUUACGCUCUCCGAUGAUGAAAAUGAUGCGUUCGCCAACAUCGAGGAGGAUGCAGAUGAUAAUGUAGACGAAGAUACAACGCAUUCGACCAAGAAGCGCAAGAGGGACACGGCGGAGACAGCACAGAGCAAGAACAAAAAGCAGAAGCAACAGAAGCAAUCGAAGAAAGGGAAACAACAGAAUAAAGAUGAGGGUGUUACUUCCGAGUCAGAGGGGGCGGAGGAUGCUGGAGAAGAUGACGGGGCUUUGGAUUCGGAAUUUGAGUUCGAUGUUGGCGGUGCGGCUCAAAACGAAGUUGUUGAAGGGUUUGAUGGGUGGGGACUAGGCGACAAGGAGGACGGUGCAAAGAAGAACGGUGAUAAGCAUGGUGUGGAUAUUGACGAGAUUAUCUCGAGGAGGCAAGCGAAGAAAGAAACUCAGUCGAAAAAGAAGCAAAAGAAGCAGGAGGAAAGCGAAGAUGAAGACAGUGAGGGCGAGGACAAUGCUUCGGAGGGAGGCAUGUCUGUAGACUUCCAGGAUGACGAAUUGCUCGCUGAGGAUGGAUUUGGAAUGGGUGCUGACGGUGAGGAUGAGAGCGAGCAGUCGAAUGGCGAAGAGGAGUCGGGUAGUGAGAGUAAUAACGGCGGUAGUGAUGAUGAUGAUGAUGCCGCCUCUGAUAACGACUCUGUCGCAACGCCCGUCCAGCAUCCCGAUGACAUUGCUUCGGACAAUGAUGGCUUGGAUGCUGAGAGUGAGAUAGAUGCGGAAGAAGCAGCAAAGCGCAAAGCCUUCUUUGCGCCGGAGGAGCAGACCAGUGAGCAAUCCGUGGCCGAUCUAUCCAAGCGAUCAUUCCAGGAAUUCAACCUAUCUCGACCCAUUCUGCGUGGAUUGGCCGCGGUUAACUUCUCGAACCCAACUCCUAUUCAGCGCAAGACAAUCCCUGUGGCCCUUCUCGGCAAGGAUAUUGUUGGUAGUGCCGUAACUGGUUCAGGAAAGACGGCUGCCUUCGUUGUUCCUAUCCUCGAACGUCUCCUGUUCCGUCCCCGAAAGGUCCCUACUAGCCGUGUUGCAAUUCUGAUGCCUACUCGUGAAUUGGCUGUACAGUGCUACAACGUGGCUACUAAACUGGCUACUUAUACCGAUAUCACAUUCUGUCAAAUGAUCGGUGGUUACAGUCUCCGUGAACAAGAGAAUAUCCUGAAGAAACGGCCUGAUGUGAUUAUUGCUACCCCCGGUCGUUUCAUCGACCACAUGCGUAACUCAGCGAGCUUCACCGUCGAUACCCUUGAGAUUCUGGUUCUGGAUGAAGCCGAUCGUAUGCUGGAGGAUGGUUUCGCAGAUGAGCUGAACGAAAUCCUGACUACUAUUCCGAAGUCACGGCAAACGAUGCUCUUUUCCGCAACCAUGACCGACUCUGUUGACAAGCUCAUUCGGGUGGGUCUCAACCGACCCGUACGACUGAUGGUCGACUCCAAGAAGAACACCUCCAUGAACUUGGUCCAGGAAUUUGUGCGUUUACGACCUGGAAGGGAGGAUAAGCGGUUGGGUUACCUUCUUCAUCUCUGCAAAGAGAUCUACACUGGACGAGUCAUUGUGUUCUUCCGGCAGAAGAAAGAAGCACAUCGUGUACGGAUUGUUUUUGGGCUGCUUGGGCUGAAAGCUGCAGAGCUUCACGGUAGCAUGAGCCAGGAACAGCGUAUUAAAAGUGUUGAACAUUUCCGAGAGGGCAAGGUUUCGUUCUUACUCGCUACCGAUCUGGCGGCACGUGGUUUGGAUAUCAAGGGAGUGGAGACGGUCAUCAACUACGAAGCCCCUCAAAGCCAUGAGAUCUAUCUGCAUCGAGUCGGUCGUACCGCUCGUGCCGGUCGCUCUGGUCGAGCCUGCACAAUCGCCGCUGAGCCGGAUCGCAAGGUGGUUAAGGCCGCUGUCAAGGCUGGUAAGGCGCAGGGAGCCAAGGUCGCUAGCCGAGUUGUCGACCUCGCCGUCGCUGAUAGCUGGGCUAAGAAGGCCAAGGACCUCGAGGAAGAAAUCGACGCAGUGCUCGAGGAGGAGCAAGUAGAGAAGCAGUUGGCACAAGCAGAGAUGCAAGUGACCAGGAGUGAGAACAUGAUCAAGCACGAAGCAGAAAUCAAGUCGCGACCGAAGCGCACAUGGUUUGCUACUGAACGCGAGAAGAGUCUCGCUAGAAAGGCCGGAGCCGCAGAGCUUAACGGAUUGGAUUCUGUGAAAUCUAAGAAGGAUAAGCAGAAGCUAAGCAAUAAAGACAAGAAGCGACUCGACGACGCCCGCCAGCGAUCAGAAGGGAAUGCUGGAUGGAAGAAGGGGAAGGUUGACCGAGAGACUCCGAAACAGGGAAAGAAUCAGAAGGGCAAGAAGGAAAACAAAAAGAAGGGCAAGAAAUGAGGAGUUCUAGGACUCUUGGCGAGGUGCUUGUAUUGCCUGUAGAUAUGUAUGCACUUUGGAUGUACCUCAUAUACCUCUGGACAUGGUUGUUUAAAAUUAGGGUUAAUCUUAUUCGCUGACUUGAAACGCAAUAAUAACCUUAACCUAAUGACUAUUUCUUUUCAAGAGUUCCAAAAGUCUCAAAUAAUAGCCUAUUAUCAAAACGUUGUUCGUCAUGUACAGGGAUCGACACUAUUGCCCGGAAACUGUCGGUUGGGCGCGGAUGAAAGUGGUCUGGCUUUACGGCCUGAGGCCUCAAGCGCCUCCGGUCAUCGGCCGAUUGGGGGGGCGAUGAAACACAAGAGUUUCUUGUUGAACUCCAUCAAUGAUG